CGAAGACCGAUUAAUCCCAGCAUUCUCGAAACUCGAUCGGGCGAUCGUCGACGCAAAUUCGCCAGAAAUUCGACCAAGGAGCAAAAACCUACGUGUUGUUCGCAACGAUAACGCGAAUCGUUUCUUCCGAACAAAAUUCUAAACAAUUACACCAAGCGUAAAAAGAGUUGUAAGUUGGAAGAAGAAGGCUCGUCCAAAUUCCUUCGCGUGCAUACCAAACUCUUGCAGCGUUGUUCCAGUUCAAAGAAACAGAAGUUGUCAUUAUCAAAUGCCGAUUCCGUCCGCCGUUGAACAUCGCUACCGCGUCAUUUAAGGAUCCAAAGGAUCCAGAGCGCGUCGCAAAAUCUCGUGGCUCGAUCGACGGCAUUCUUUCGUCGCGGAGAAAGCGUUGCCGGUUUUAUCGGGUUGCGCUCGAUGAUUUAUGAAAACGCGGAUCGCGCGUAAUUACUCGUUCGUGUGACCGAUCGUGGAUCUGAAAGAAGGAAGCCAGUGCGCGGGAGAUCGAGGGAAAGAUCCGCUUUCGCGACCGGUUGCCAGUUUUUCAGACGCAAGAUGGGAAACGGCAGUCCUUAGGUAGCUCGAUUCAGCGACGAUGAAGGGGAUCGGCCGCUUGUUACUCGGGGUGGUCGGAGCAGUGGUGGUUGGGGCGGCCGUCUGCGGGCGUAUUCCCGGACUGGCCAAGAGUCAACGGGAGCAGUGCAGAAAAGCGCCGCACGCGAUGCCAGCGGUGGGCGAGGGCGCGGAGCUGGGACUUCGCGAAUGCCGACAUCAGUUCAGACAUCACCGAUGGAACUGUUCCCACGUGGCGAACGAUCAGGUCUUCGGCCACGUGGUCGUAGUAGGAAGCAGGGAAGCAGCUUUCACGUACGCAAUAAGUUCAGCGGGUGUAACGUACGCCGUGACCGCAGCUUGCAGCAGAGGCAACAUCACCGCUUGCGGUUGUGAACCGACCGUAAGGACGAGAAAGGAGUUGCCGGCAAAUGGCUGGGAAUGGGGCGGUUGCAGCGCGGACGUCACCUACGGGAUGAGGUUCGCGCGUAGGUUUCUGGACGCGAGGGAAGUCGAGGGUGACGCGAGGAGUCUGAUGAACCUUCAUAACAAUAAAGCAGGACGGAAGAUAGUUAAAGCUCUGCUGCAAACAGAGUGCAAAUGUCACGGCGUGUCCGGUUCUUGCACCGUGAGAACCUGCUGGCGAACCUUGCCUAGUUUUCGUCAGAUCGGCGAUGCACUGAUGAAAAAGUAUUACAGAGCCAGGCCCGUGAUAGCGAUUACCCCACCGCCACCCCCUACGAUGCAGAGUUUAGAUACGUUGCAUUCAACGUUGACUGAAAUAGUGCCGAUCUUGGGGAACGACGCGAAAACUCAGGGGAAACCGAACGACGUUGGAAAGACUCGACACGACCGACAACCCGCGAAGAAGACAACGAAACCAAGGAGGCUACACUUGGUAUUGAAAAGGACAAAGUUGAGCGGGGGUUCGAGCGUGGGACAAAAAAGGAUUCCAAAGAGAAGCGACCUUAUAUUUUUACAGCCCUCGCCUAAUUACUGUGAACCAGAUUUAGCGCAAGGUAGUCUAGGAACCCAAGGCAGAUAUUGCAAUCGUACUAGCAAAGGUACGGACGGAUGCGAUCUAAUGUGCUGUGGUCGCGGCUACAACACACAUCAGUUCACAAGAACGUGGCAAUGCAAAUGCAAAUUUCUCUGGUGCUGUCGCGUGCAUUGUGAAACGUGCACAGAGCGUACCGAAGAGUACACAUGCAAAUAAACGUAUUUCGAACGUAUUGGCGAUUUUAACCAUGUAAAUAUAUGUAAUAGACGUAACAAAUGGCGACGAGAGUUUCUCUACAUCGAUAAUAUCGGCGAACUUUGUUGCAUUUCGUCAGAAAUUAUUCAACAUCGACCUCAACAUGCUGUUCCUGUAAAGUUAACGAGCAUAAUAACGAUAAUCGACAAAGCGUUCCUUUUUCUGCUUAAUUUAAUCGACUUGUAUGCUUAAGACGACGAUAGAUACGCGAUCAAAUUCAAUUUUUCUAAAGCUCUCGUUAUUUAAUGUGAUAGUCGACAGUAUGUAAUUGUAGAGACGAUAUUCAGUCUGUAUAUUCAUGAUGAUAAGCGAUAAAAUACGAAAGGUGAAUGGCGAACUGUCGAACGUUUAAUAAGGGAUAGCUUUGUGAAAUUCGAAGAGCUUGAGUUACCCGUUUUGGAACCAUAUAAAACGAUAUAAAAGAAACCGAAUGAACCGAUUUGAUACACGCUGAAAAUUGAAAUAAUAUGUUGAAAAUAAUAAUACGGUUGAAAUAAAAAGGAAUAAAAAUAUCUUAAGCGAUAUAAAAGGACAAAUAUCUAGUUUAUUUUAUAUUGAAAUUAAUUGUUAAAAAUUUAAAUAAUUAAGAAAUCCAAGAGCAUCGAAAUUGAAAUUUAAUUUUCGAUACUCGCAUCGAUCGAUUAUUAUUUUAUUAUUUUCUACAACUUAAUUCUAUAAGCAAAACUUGUAUUAAUGUACGUUCGUAAUAAAAAUCGAAUAACAUCCUCUUUAUAUCUACUGACAAUGAAUCAUUCCUUUAAGCAGAAGGAAAACGGGAACUAUUAAUGCUUUUGAAUUAUAUAGCUACCUCUUAUAAUUAUAUAGCACCUAUAGUCCUCUCCCUGAAUCUGCCUAGGAGUUCAUGACUCAUUAUUGACUAAUCGUUACCUUCCGCCAAAUACCAACGACAAAAAGCUGUCCCUUCGUAAUAAAAUAUAUUCAAAGCCAAACGAUAUUUACAAUGUAAUCUUCGGAAUAGCUCAAGCGAAAAUUAUAUCGAUCAAAUACUUCUCUGCUGUACUUACUAUAUACUUAAUACGACGACUGUGUAAUUAAUGCAUAAGAAAUAAUAAAGCGAUGGUAGAUGUAUCGUUCGAUGUUUCAGUAUAUAAUUCUGUAUAAAGUAUAUUAUUCGUUCGAAUAUAUUUAAGCGAUAUAUAUACUUCGAAUAAUUCAUAAUUAUAAUAUUAGCGAACUCCUAUGAAUGUAAACAAAACAUAAACUACCGCCCGAGACGAUUAUUGCUCCAGUAGCCCAGUGGUGAUAACCAUGUAACCCAUAUAGAAGUAACACGUAAAUUAUUAUUUAUUAAAAAGCGUAAAUUAAAAAAAAAAAGCAAUGUAUUCGCUUCCUACUCGAUGACUAAUAAUAAAUUAGAAUCGCAUUUUUCUCCAA